AUGCUGGCCAACUGUAGACUGAGCUGUGAUACGUGCAGCACGCCUCCCUGUCACGUGACCUGUACCGACUCCGGCGACAGCCUGCGAUACGACUGCAGCUGCAGUGGAGGCUGGCAAGGAAACCUCUGCAAUGCAACUGUCGAGUUGACACUGGAGGACGUCAUUGACGAGUGUGCGAGCAGCCCCUGCACUAACGGCGGCGUGUGCUUAGAUCGACUCAACGGGUCAACAGAUCCCCUUCCGAUAUCACGUAUGGCAGAUUUUAUCCUACACGGUAAAGCCAGGCUGAAAGCAUGUCCAGACAAGUCUAUCACGGGAUAUUCCUGGUCAAUCUUUGAAUUAAUGCCACAUACUUCCAUAUAUGUGUCCAUAUAUGGUCUCAGGAACCCAAUCACAAACCAAAAAGAUCUGACAAUUCCCAAACAGACAUUGCUGCCGGGCACAUACAUGGUUCAGCACACCUCCGAUGACUUCUGGGUGAGUGCUGAGGAAUCGUGGGAUCCGGAGGGUCUGGUCUCCUCAUCAGAUCUCCACAUCACCUGGACUUGUGAGACAAGUGACAGCUCAAAUGUUGACCUUUCAAAGUACAUCUGUGGAAAACAUCGUUAUUACCAUGAAGUGACUGCAAGUCAAACAGCAGGAUCUACCAUCAACUUCACAGCCCAGGCUUCCUCACCAGGCAGACCAUCAAUCCAAGCAUCGCAGGUUCUGGUUUUCCAGGACAACAGGGCUUGUGUGUUGGCCAUACGCUGCAACAACUGUGAUUGGUCAAACACAAAGUCAUCAGAGGAACUCGUGCUGGAGGCUGUUCCGGGUACUGAUGACACCCCCUUGUAUGAGUGGACAGUGGUGGAGCAUCCCUGGGGCUUUGGAGGCUUCCUGAUGAGCAGUAGUGAACCACAACUUGUCAUUGCAAGCAACACGUUCAACGUGGAAGGAACGUACACUCUCCGCGUGGUCAACGACAACGGGGUCUGCAGUGACGGCCUGGCCGUGUCCGAGUGGACGUUUACAGUUUGGGGCCUGGAGCCCCCAGCCCCGCGGAACAAGAACCUGUCCACUCCCUGUGUGAUAGAACGUGCAGGGGCAGGCGGAUGUGUCUGCUGUGGAGACUUUGCUGAUGGCCCUGGCUACAGUAAUGUUACCUACAAGUUUCUACGCCGUACCUCUGUGGAUGUAGAGAAGGGCUGGAUUCGUUUCCCACAGGAUGAACCUAUUCUGCAGACCCCCCUCCCAUUGACACCAUAUUCCACUCAGGUGGAAGUUAUGACAGUAGAUGGGAGAGUUGCAGUACUCAACGUCACAGAAGACAUAGAGCUUGACAAUGUCAACGGUGUCAUUGACUUUACCUCCCUCCUAGUUAUGAACACUGCCAACCUGGAGAAACUCUCCACAAAUGCAACAAACAAUAAAACAGCCAGCUCGGCUUUCAAUGCAAUUGACAACGUCCUUAACAUGUACGACACCCUGAUGCCGGCUGAUGGGUCUGGGAGUGCCUCACUGGAGAUGUCAAUGCUUCAUGCCAAGAUCCAGAGGGAACCUUGUCAAGAUGGCCAGAAGAAGGUGUUCACAGUCAACGACACCCUGUUUGUACUACCAGCAUUCAACACCCUUGACAACAGUUGUGAGGAUAGCUUUGGAGUGGAGUUAAUCAACUCUGACUUCAACCCUUUCCGGUACUCGGAAAACUCCCCUGAUGUUGGGUCGGAGGUGGCGGGGCUGACCGUGUGGCAGGGACGGGACAGACGCCCCGUGCACCGCCUCCCAGAACCUGUGGACAUGAUCAUCCCCAGGGAGAAACAGCGCACGACAAGUACCGUGUUCAAGUACACGGGCCAGCUCAGAAGCAGUGACGACAUCCUUGUUGUCAAGUUCCGGCCCCAAAGAACAAGGACUGCACUCACCAUCCUACUCAACAUCACCAGCACCAGCCAACCAAAGCUGGACCUGCCACGCGUGCAACUGGUGUGGCAGAGAUCAUCCGCGCCGACUGCCGACAGCUUUGAAGCUGCCAAAUGGACAGCUGUAUUACCUGUUCCACAGGACCAGCUGUAUACACUACAGCUGCCGCACAUGUACAACAAUACAAACCUGACGUCCAACCCGUACUCCUGGCUUCUGCCUACGGAAGCUCUGAAUGUUACGGAAUUUGACAUACAAAACAAGACGACUUUUUACCUAGGUACGUCCUUAUUUACAUGCACAGUGAGUGUGAAGUAUGCUGGAGAGGAGACCAGUGUCACAGUACGAGUGUCUAUAUUAGAAAGUGCAUGUGUCUACUUCGGAGAAGACUCCUCCCACAUGUGGGAAGAUGAUGGAUGCAAGGUGGGUCCACUCUCCAACACCACCCACCUCCACUGCCGCUGUGACCACCUGACCAAGUUUGCCGGGUUCGUCCCGCCCAAUCCGAUCUACUUCCCGCCGAGUGGAAGCAUCAAUUUCAACGAGAACCCCAUAGGACUCAUCGCGGUCCUGACUGUGUUCGGUCUGUUCCUGCUCGGAUACCUGAUGGCAAGAAAGGCAGACAGACUGGACCUGACAAAGGUGGGAGUGACCACACCAACCGGUCACACGUUGAACCCUGACCCUGACUGUCGCUACAUAAUCACUGUCUACACUGGCUUUCGCCUGGACGCAGGGACAACUGCACAGGUUUCCAUCACGGUGUUCGGCUUCCGUGACGAGAGCCAGCCUCUGGCCCUACAGGACGCCCGCCGUCAGCUGUUCCAGGGCGGCAGUGUGGACUCCUUCCUGGUGUCUUCUGAGGAGCCCUUGGGACCUCUCACACACAUCCAUGUGUGGCACGACAACACCGGCCCCAGCCCAGCUUGGUACCUGAGUAAGGUGGUGAUUCAACAUCUGAGCUCAGAACAGCUUGACUACUUCAUCUGCAACAAGUGGCUAGCUCUAGAUGAAGAUGAUGGCAGAAUCGACCGCAUGGUCUUUGUCGCCUCCCCAGAGGAGAUGGCAGCCGCUUCCAACCUGAUCAGUGAAAGGGCUGCAAAGGACUUCCACGACGGACACCUGUGGUUCUCUGUGGUUGGUCGUCCCGCCCGUAGCGGCUUCACCCGUGCCCAGCGGCUGGCGUGCUGCAUGUCCACGGUGUACAGCACCAUGCUGGCCAACAUCAUGUUCUUUGGGCAGGGGGACAACUUCGACCCCCCGCAGCCCGUCCGCAUCAUGGGAGUGGAAAUAGACCCUCCAAUCUCCCUACCCCAGAUCAUGAUCGCGAUACAGAGUGUGAUCAUCGUGGUUCCCAUCAACGCCCUGAUCGUACUACUCUACAGGAGUGCUGCACCCAAAGCAAGCAGCAAACCAGUGACAAAACAUGCCAAUACAAAAGCGGGACUGCUGGUGUUCACUGUCAGCUUUGUCGCCGCGUUCUUCACGGUCCUGUACACGCUGACCUUCGGGCGUGAGAAGGCGGAGGCGUGGUUUACUGCCUUCAUCACGUCCUUCGUGACAGACCUGAUCCUGAUCCAGCCGGUCAAGGUGCUGACUCUCGCUGCCAUCUUGGGGUUACUCAUCCGGAAACCAACAACAGAUGACGACCCGCCACCUACAGAAGUGGCAGGUGAUGAAGAGUACCUGCAGGAGGUGGCUGAACAGUCCGCUGCUGACGUGGCUGCCACAGCCCCCCUGGCUGGUGAAACCCUGACCAGAGACCGAGCCCAGCGUGUCAGGAGGAAGAGGUGCCGCCACAUCCUGCGGGAGAUGGUGGUGUACGGCCUGUUCCUGUCUGUCCUCAUGCUCAUGUCCUACACAGAGAGGAGCAGCCUGGCCUUCUACAUGAACAACUCCAUCAGGAGUGCUCUGGAAGGCACUUUCUCAACGAUAUCUGACCCUGCAUCUUACUGGACAUGGCUGGAGCGGGACGUCCUGCCUGCUGUCCACAGCCCAGCCUGGUACAACGGGAGGCCGUGUGAGGGAAACCUGACUCUGUCUGAGCACCUCACACACGCCAUCUCCCCCUUACAGCUACGACAAGUUCGCAUCACACAAGAACAAGACUGCACCAUUCCUGAUGCCAUGGCUCACAUCGCAGCCAGCUGUCUGGAUGAAUACUCUGCGAGUAAACUGGACACAGGCAGCUACGACGGCAACUGGGGUGUGGCUGCCAACUACACGAAUCAUGACAACAGUACUGACAACAGGACCAUCAUGUCUCCAUGGGACUACACGUAUGGGGAUAUCAACAAUGGUCAUGGUGGUUACAUCGUCGCCCUGGGCAGGACGCUCAACGACAGCCUCCGGACCCUGACGUAUCUCAUCUCCAACGACUGGCUGGACAACCGGACCCGGGCGGUCUUCACGGAGGCGGUUCUCUACAACCCUCACGCCAACCUCUUUGCCGUGGUUACCAUGACGACCGAGUUCCACAUCACCGGGCGUGCCUCCGUGGCAACAGAGCUGGUGAUCUUCAGGAUUCACCAUGAAGGCCAGGUCCUGCUUCUGGUCCUACGGAUGGGCCUGAUCAUCUUUCUGCUCUUCAGCCUUGUUAAGGAAGUCCUGAAGUUCAACACAUACGGAAUGGUUUACCUGACGGACCCCUGGAGCUGGCUAGAGAUGCUCAUCAUCACCACAGGCAUGGCCGCCAUGGGGCUGUACGCCCGCGCCCAGGGCAUGACAGACGAGGUCUCCGAGUACCUGAAGGAGGGACACGUCCUGUUCCACCUGUACCGAGCAGCCGCCAUGUGGCACCAGGUGUACACGUACCUGCUCGGCGCGCUCACCUGUUUCACCUUAGUCAAGUUCAUCCGGCUUCUCAAGUUCAACAAACACGUCAACGCGCUUCUGUACACCAUGAAGAAGACGGCGAAGCCCCUCGUCAGUUUCUUCGUCAUUUCAGGCAUCGUCUUCACGGCAUUCGCGCUGGCAGCUAACCUCACCCUGGGCAUCGCCAUGUCAGGGUACAGCAGCUUGCUGAGCACGUACACCAGCCUUUUCAACAUGAUGCUGGGCUCAUUUCAGUUUGCCAUCUUGGAAGAGAGCUCUCCCGUCUGGGGCCCCGCCAUCUUCCUGUCCUUUCAGUUCACCGCCCAAUUUCUCCUCCUGUCCAUGUUCAUGACCAUCAUCAUGGACGUGUACAUGGAAGUGAAGAGCAGCGAACCUGAGGACAUGGAAAUGAUGGCGUACCUGUGGGAGGAGGUGUGUCGAGUGGCACACAAGAUCAAAACCAUCGCAAACAGGCCUGAAACACGACAACCGGCGGCUAGGAAAGACCAGUUCACCCAGCUGGAUCAGAUGCAUGAGAUGUUAGAGAAGCUGGACAGAGAUGAGAAAUGUAGACGAGAGAGGCGCAGAGAAGAGAGACAAAUAGAAGAGACACAGAGAGAAGAGAGGGAGAGAAUGAUCCGGUACUCUGAGGCUCCUAGCUUGUGGUUUGUGUGAAACAUUGUCAUAUACUUUUAGUCCAGAAAAAAAAAGAAAUUCUUAUUGUUUUGGCUGACCAUGCUUUGGAUAUCAACAAAAUACAAUGUAUCACAGGUGGACCUGACAGUAAUCUGAAACCAAAAGUAACAAAAUAAUAGAAUGUAUAUAAAAAUCAUAUUUUCAAAAUGUAUUUUCUGUUCAUUAGGCCAAGGAAGCU